UUCCCUCUGUCUGUCCCACUUUGGUCUCUGCCCUUCACUGGUCUGCCUGCCUGACAUCCUAAUUCCAUUUCCUUUCUUAAAAAAUUAGCCUGCAUAAUGUCUUUCAGGGUCAAAACUACCUCCUACAAGAGCUCUUCUCCUGGAAACUUCAGCAGCAGCUCCUACGCUGGACCUGCUGGAGGCUUCAGCUCCCGUAGGUCCUACAAAUCCUAUGGAGGCGGCUUUGGAGGYGCAGGAAUGACCAGCAGCUCUGCGUACAGUGUUGGCUCCAGCAUGGGCGGUGCAGGAGGCUUUGGUAUGGGCUAUGGAGGGGGCACGGCCCCCCUCACUGCCGUCAGCGUGAACAAGAGUCUUCUGGCCCCUCUGAACCUCGAGAUUGACCCCACAAUCCAAGWUGUCCGCACCAAAGAGAAAGACCAGAUCAAGGGCCUCAACAACCGCUUUGCCUCCUUCAUUGACAAGGUYCGUUUCCUGGAGCAGCAGAACAAAAUGCUGGAGACCAAAUGGARCCUGCUCCAGGAACAGACCACCAUCCACUCCAACACCAGCGCGAUGUUCGAGGCCUACAUCGCUAACCUGCGCAAACAGCUGGACGGGCUCGGCAACGACAAGAUCAAACUGGAGGGCGAGCUGCACAACAUGCAGGGCCUGGUGGAGGACUUCAAGAAAAACUCUGCUGCCGGCUACAGCACCACCUCCAAGAAAAACGUCAUCGUCAAAACCAUUGAGACCAAUGAUGGCAAACUGGUGUCUGAGUCCUCCAAUAUCAUUGAGAAAUGA